AUGAUGACAAAUAACGAGCCAAUAACGAUGGUUGUUCAUUGGAAAGAACAACGAAGAUUAAUGACAAUAAAUAGAGAUGAUGAUAUGAGUACCAUUGAAAAAGCUAUUGUUGAUAUAUAUCAAUUACAAAAAAGUCAUACAUUUCAAGAUGAUACAUAUAAUUAUCAACAAGCAAAUGAUGCCACAGAAUUUCUUCCUACAGAAAAAUCAUCGUCUACAAUGCAUAAUUCAACUAUACCAUUAUUUCUUCCGUGUCGAUCAAGAACUGAUAAUCCGAAUACUUUAUCUAGAGUAACAUCUCAGAUUGAUGAUGACAAUGAAGAAUUUAAAUUAAAUAUAAUUGAUUCUGCAAUAAAAAUUACAACGGAACAUCCAUAUGGUCUUGGUUUUGAUGGUGAUCUUGCUCAACAUCAACGAGUUCAAUUUGAAAGUGAUAUGCUUCGAAAAAGUUCAUCAAAAACAACAAUUGCCGGUGUUUUACUUCGUGCAGCUCAAAAAUCGCAUACCACUUCAAAUGAAGAUAUAUCCUAUCCAACUGUUCAUUUUAAAAUUUCAACGGAUAAAAUUCAUUUAGGAUGGUCUCUUUAUGUUUAUGUAUUAACCGAAGCUGAUAGCAAUGGUAUUCAUUACAUACAUGCAUCAAAAGGUAUAUUUGAUAAUUGUACAAAAGCAAUAGAAAAAUUUGGUAUGAUUCCAAAUACUGAAAUAGUUAAUCCAUAUACGAUUUCAUUAGCUCAAAAUGAUCUUCGUGAUGAAAAAUAUGAAAUACAUGUUAAAGUGUGUAAUAUCACCAAUUUAUCAAAUCGUAAACAUACACAAUUACGAGAAUUUCCUCCAUUAAAUAAUACAAUGAUUUAUGAUGAUAAAACAUUAUUAUCAAACAAAACAACACAUGAUAUGAAAUUUUCAAGUGACAGAUAUCAUCUUGGUUGUAUACUUGUUUGUCAAGGCAAAGCAUAUGAUCGAUGUAUAUCAAGUUUAACUAUUGCUGGACGAAAACGAAAUUGUACUGAAACAAUAAGAGGUGAAGAAGAUGAUGAUGAUGAAAGUUCUCUUAAUAAAAUGCAACGAAAAUAA